AUGGAGGCCGAGGCAGCAGCUAAAGCAAUAACUGGUGCAAUGGAAGCUGUUAACACUAACAGCUCAGAAAUGCCGAACAUAACCCUCAUAUUUGAAAAGUUUUUCAUACAGUUUUACAAAAACUAUUUGGCUCAACAAAAGCGGGAAGCAGCCUUGAAUAAGAAGCUCCAGGAGGAAGAUUUUCAGUUUGCUUAUUUGUACAUACUGGUAAUGUUCGGCAUCUUCACCUUCAUUAUUAUUACAAUGCUGGCCAGCACUGUGAGGUCAAGGAGGGAGGAGCACACGGAAGACCCCUACCACACCUACAUCGCUGAUGAUGCAUGGAAAUGGAAGGGGCAAAAUGCUUUGGGCUCAGAUUUUACAAAGUUCUAUGUCAAUGAAAAUGUAGUCAGGGCUCUUCAAAGUUUGUCGGAUCAGGAUGAGACUGUAACAAUCCAACGAAGAUGAUAGCUAGCAGAAAAUGUCACUCCAUGAAGAAAUAACCCCUCUUACCAUGACAUG